AGGAAUUCUCAGAGCACGCCUACGCGCGCACUUUCUCUCCUCUCUGUUUCCACUUUCCUCUCUCUCCCUUUUUCUCGUCCCCUUCCCCUUCCCAUCACUUGGUCUUUCAGCCUUUCCGUUAGUCCGUUUAUGUCUCUCUUUCUGACCCCCCGUUCCCCGCUCUGUUCUCCCCAUCCCCCUUCCUUUUCCGUCUCUCGCGCACGGCCGCUGUACAUGCGCAUUUGGUACAAAACCUCGCUCUUUGUCCCCAUCUGUCGUUCACACGAACUCAAUCCUUUGGCAUUCGGUAGCCAAUAAAAUCUAAGAAAUGGCGGAAAAAUGAUUCUGCCCCUGUAGAUAAAGCUUGACUGGCGGUUGAGUUAACCAAUGGAGAACGCCACUUUGUAUCCCUGGGGAGGCCCCGAGCUCCGUCGUCUCGUUUCCGGCGGUCGCGCGCUCUUUUCUCGGGACGGUAGAGGCCGUGUAGCGUCGCCGUUACUCAGAGGAAAGACCAGUCGGUAGAGGAAAUCGAGGUUAGGGAGGCCUGGGAGGCACUUUGCUGUCUUCACUCGAAGUUGAGAGGCCCAGCAGUUAGGGGGCAGUGCAUUUAUUACUCAGAGGAGCUUUCUGCACAUAUUUUCGAAUUAAUGUUGGUGGUCAUCAUCAGAAGUAGGUGAUAGGAAUAAAUACUUUCUGAGGCUGCAAAUAUGCAGAGCAAUAAAACUUUUAACUUGGAGAAGCAAAAUCAUACUCCAAGGAAGCAUCAUCAGCAUCACCACCAGCAGCACCACCAGCAGCAACAGCAGCAGCCACUGCCACCACCAAUACCUGCGAAUGGGCAACAGGCCAGCAGCCAAAACGAAGGCUUGACUAUUGACCUGAAGAAUUUUAGGAAACCAGGAGAGAAGACCUUCACCCAACGAAGCCGCCUGUUUGUGGGCAAUCUUCCCCCUGACAUCACUGAGGAGGAAAUGAGGAAACUAUUUGAGAAAUAUGGGAAGGCAGGCGAAGUCUUCAUCCAUAAGGAUAAAGGAUUUGGCUUUAUCCGCUUGGAAACACGAACCUUAGCGGAGAUUGCCAAAGUGGAGCUGGAUAAUAUGCCUCUCCGUGGAAAGCAGCUACGUGUGCGCUUUGCCUGCCACAGUGCAUCCCUUACAGUCCGAAACCUUCCUCAGUACGUGUCCAAUGAACUGCUGGAAGAAGCUUUUUCUGUGUUUGGCCAGGUGGAGAGGGCUGUAGUCAUUGUGGAUGAUCGAGGAAGGCCCUCAGGAAAAGGCAUUGUUGAAUUCUCAGGGAAGCCAGCUGCUCGAAAAGCUCUGGACAGAUGCAGCGAAGGUUCCUUCCUGUUAACCACAUUUCCUCGUCCUGUGACUGUGGAGCCCAUGGACCAGUUAGAUGAUGAAGAAGGACUUCCAGAAAAGCUGGUUAUAAAGAACCAGCAAUUUCACAAGGAGCGAGAGCAGCCACCCAGAUUUGCACAGCCUGGCUCCUUUGAGUAUGAGUAUGCCAUGCGCUGGAAGGCACUCAUUGAAAUGGAGAAGCAGCAGCAGGACCAAGUGGACCGUAACAUCAAGGAGGCUCGUGAGAAGCUGGAGAUGGAGAUGGAGGCUGCUCGUCAUGAGCAUCAGGUCAUGCUAAUGAGACAGGAUUUGAUGAGGCGCCAAGAAGAACUUCGGAGGAUGGAAGAACUGCAUAACCAAGAGGUGCAAAAACGAAAGCAACUGGAGCUCAGGCAGGAGGAGGAGCGCAGGCGCCGUGAGGAAGAGAUGCGGCGACAACAGGAAGAAAUGAUGCGGCGACAGCAGGAAGGAUUCAAGGGAACCUUCCCUGAUGCGAGAGAGCAGGAGAUACGGAUGGGCCAGAUGGCUAUGGGAGGUGCUAUGGGCAUAAACAACAGAGGCGCUAUGCCCCCUGCUCCUGUGCCUGCUGGUACCCCAGCUCCUCCAGGACCUGCCACUAUGAUGCCGGAUGGAACCUUGGGAUUGACCCCACCAACAACUGAACGCUUUGGGCAAGCUGCUACAAUGGAAGGAAUUGGGGCAAUUGGUGGAACUCCUCCUGCAUUCAACCGUGCAGCUCCUGGAGCUGAAUUUGCUCCAAACAAACGUCGCCGAUAUUAAUAAAGUUGCAGUGUCUAGUUUCUUAAAACCCUUAAAAGAAGGACCCUUUUUGGACUAGUCAGAAUUCUACCCUGGGAAAGUGUUAGGGAUUCCUCCCAAUAGUUAGGUCUACCCUGCGUGUACUAUUCUAGGGAGUAUGCUGGAAGCAGAGGGCAAGGGAGGGGCCAUAUCUAACAAAUGAAUUCUAUGUGGUAUAUUGUUUAACUAAUCAGUUCUAUUUGGUGCAUUCCUGAAGACUCAAAUGUGAUUAUUGAGGGCCUGGGGGAACCAUAGCAAAAUGGAUCCAAUUAGAGCCCCAUUAAUCUUGAUCAUUCCGUUUUUUGUCCAUCCCAUUUUGUUUUCUUACCCUUACACCCCCUGCCCCAAAGAUACUGCCACAUAACACCACAAAAACCAGACAUCCCCCAAUGACCUUAGCCCUGUUGCUCCAUUCACUUUCAGGUGAGAAUUCAGGCAAAUGUCCACAGAGGUCACAGACAAACAUACGGUUCUGUUAUGUCCCAUCUAUUACCCCUCAUGUCUUUAAGGAAGACAUUUUCUCUUAGAGAUUUUCAUUUUAGUCUAUCUUUAAAAAAAUCUUGUAUUAACUUGCCUCUAUCCUUGUCUUGGGUAAAGAUGACCCAGGAAUGGCCCUUUUGUGUCUAUGAUGUUGCUGUUCACAGCUUUUCUUGAUAGGCCUAGUACAAUCUUGGGAACAGGGUUGCUGUAUGCUAAAGGUCUCAACAGUAGCUCUUAGCCUUGCCUAUCUUAGGUAGUUAUGCUGUGCAUUUUUUAUUGGUGUACCAUGUUUGAUUUGUCCCUGAUUCUUUAAAUUUGGAGUUUUUCUGAGAAAUGGAGCAGUAAUGCAGCAUCAACUUAUUAAAAUACAUUUUAAGCCUUUUAA